GAGCUUCAACCGUGUGAGCAUCCACAAAGUUCAUUUCCUGGAGAGACAUCAUGGCUUGCAAACGAGCGAAGCACGGCAGUUGCUCAGUUUUUGGAUGUACAAAUGAAUACAAAAGUAUGCUUUUUGUUCCUUCAUCCGAGCCUCUGAAGAACCAGUGGGUUAAUUUUAUUUUCUCUGGAAAUGAUCCGCCAGUCUGCGCCAAACAUUUCACCGACGACUGCUUCCUCAACUUGGGCCAAUACAGAACUGGACUUGCCCAAUGUCUUAACAUUAAGUCUGGAUCAGUACCAACUCUCCGGGGCUCAGCUACAAACCUCGGAAAAGUUAGUCAACCAACUCCCAGCUCAUCAAGUGCUUACAUUCAGCAGCUUCCCUCAAGGGAUGUUGCCUGCCAGACAGACCACCUGGAAACACACACUGUAGGCACACAGCUAUCCUUAAAGACUUUGCAGUCCCACUUUACAAUUGAAGAAAACUGCGAUGCCUUUGGAGACCGUAGCACGCAGCGCGGCGCCACCUCUGAGAGUCUGGGUGUGGACGGCCCUGGCUCCUCCCUCAUGUCCAUCCACAGCGAGGAACUGAAGUUCCUGAGCGUCUACGGAAAAGGGGAGGGCCCACUGGCGGAGGACGGCCAUGACACCCUCUUCACCGCGUCAGAAGUGGAGGCCCUGAACUCGCUGUCUGCGGACCCCAGCGCGGCCAAGAGCCUGGAGCGCGGCGAGCGGCUGGUCUGCCACGAGGAGCUGAGUGUGCAGGUUGGAAAUCAUCUUCUCAUUCACCAUCCAAAAGAGAGGCUUCCUCUGUUACAACUCUAAAACAGACCCAUUGAAAGCCCACACCUUUAUGAUUCAAUGUGUCGUAGGUGGGGAUUAACAACUAUUCUGUGA